ACUUCAUCACGUACCUGCAGAGAAUGGUCGUCAUUACGGGUUAAUCCAGUUACAAAUUGAACUUAAACUAAAAGGAAAACUCUUUGUUUGAUUGUGGCUGCGUGUGUGUGUCUGUGUGUGGAUAUGAGUGUGCGUGUUUACUCACUCGUCGCAAAUGAAAAAACGUAACAACAACCACCCAUUGCAAAUCUGUAACAAAACCAGCAAACGCACUAUCUAAAGUAGCGGCUACUUUUACUUUUUUCCGCGCAUUUUUCCUAACGUGUUAACCCCCCCAAUAAGAAAGUGCAACCUCUAAUAAAGUGCGUGCGUGCAUGCAAGUGUCAGUGCAAGUGAAGAAUAAAUGAAAAUUGUAAUGAUGACCCAAUGCUGGCCAUGGAUUGUUAUUAUCACCAAGUGGAUAAACCAAAGAAAAUAACAAUCAUAAAAUAAAUUAAGAAAAAAUUAAAAAACGAAAAUACGGUUUAAAAAAAAUUAAACAUCAGAACAAACUUCUCAGUUUUGAAAACAUCUUUUUUGCGGUUUUACAAGUCAAUAUUUUCAAAGAUUGACUUGGGUAGAGAUUUAAAGAAAGAACCAACCCUAAGGAAGGAAACUAGGAAAUGAUUUCAUAAAACUCUCCUCUUAUUGUGAUUUAAUUAAAAUUUCCAUGCAACAUAUUCCGGUAUUAAGCAUUGAAUAAAAGUCUAUAAACGCCAUCUACAAAUGAACCUUAAAACUUUCAUACUAAAAAAACUCCAUCGAAUCUAUUUAUCAACUUCUACAUCAAUUUCUAUAACUACUACUUCACUUGUGAAUUACCACUAUAAGAAAAAUUAAGCAGCUUUUAAUAAAAAACCAACUAUAAAAAAAUUAUUAAAAUAAAAACAAUGCAGCACUUGAUAUCGAACUAUUCAAUUUUUUCUAAUGGCAUCUAAUAUGGCAACUCUAAAAUUGCAGUAAAAAUUCCAUAACUUUAAUAUUUUAAACUUAAUUUACAAAAAAAAACUAGCGCCAUCUGUGAAUGAGAUGAAAUCCAAAAGCAGCAAAAAUUCUUAAAAAUAUUUUUACCCAUAAAAAAAGUUAAUCCUUCCAAGGUGCUUCAUUUUGAAAAUUCAAAUAAAUUUUCUUUAUUUCGCCAGACUAUUCUAUGCUUCGCUAUUUGCUUUAUAUAUCUGACUAACCGGACUAAUUAUACAUACAUGCAUCGCCAUCUGUGAUUUCCAAAAAAAAAAUAUAUAGUGCGGCAACUACAAAAAAUGUUAAAUUUAUGCAAACACCACUAAAUCAGAAUAUGAAUAAUUAAAUAUAAAACGAAAAUAAAAAAAAAAACUUAUUUAUAUUUUAUUUAUCUCUAACCUUCGAAAUAAUUUCUACUCAAUCCAAAAUUAAGAACGCCAUCUAUGAUUAAUUAAAAGUUCAUUAAGAGAAACUUUGCCAUCCUGUUCUUUAUUUUCCCUCUUUGACAAAAUAUUCCCAUCAUAACGGCACUUGGCAAAGGAAAUGCAUAAUAAACGCCUCAGUAACAAAAAAAUUACUCACACAAUCACCCAUAACGUAUAUCGUAUAACAGUUGUAACGGUUCAUAGGUAUAUGCGCCAAUAACAAUUUGUGUACCUUGAAGUGUUUUGUGAUAUAAACUUCCGGAAAUUUAUGUGCAACAUCUUUCCCAGCCUAACAAGUUCGCCUUACCCCACCAAGGAUACCGCUUUGUGAUUACCACGCUCUUUCCUGUAUUGCUAGCGAUACCAAACAUCCUCUGUGGCCAACAGCAAGUUAUAACCCAACACCUAGACUAGACAUCUCCCUCCCCUGGUGCGCCAAUUUUUUCUAUCGCUUACUGCUAAACAUCAUCAAACUGACAAAAGCGGAUAUCCGUUUAAGAGUUCUUCCUAUGUGGUAAGAGAGAGAAAAGAAACACACAAAAAAGCUUAAGGCAAUAAACCAUAAAAAAAAUUCCCAUUGAAGAAAAUUAAAAAAAAAAAGAAACCAGUGAAGUGGUGGUGCUAUUAUCUGUACAACACAAUUAUCCAAUAAUCAACUCAUCCAACUUAACUGGAAUCAAAUGUAAAAUCCCACAGUGCUAAGCAAAAAAAAAAACUCUAAAACAAUUUAUGCGGAUAUUUAUAAUUUGCAUGCUAUGGAAAAUUGAUCAUCUACAUCAACAUUCAUAUCAACGGCGCAGCCUCAUUGACAUCUCAGCUUUGGCAUCUAGGCGAACAAUCCUUCUUUCUUUAAAACAAAACCUCUUCCAUCUUCACCGUCGCUGUUUGAUUGCUGCUAAAGAAUAAACCUUUCCAGAUGAAAAACUACAUCAACAGCUGAACAUUGAGCUCAAACAACAACCCACAGAUAUUAACCCUCAAACGGAGUCAGUAUUCAGAGGCCAAAAAUAGAAACACAGCAACCACCUAGUAACGAAUUUUGAAUGUCGAUGUUUAGCAGAGCCAUUUUAAACUUAGUAUGAGAGAAAAAGAUCAUUCUCCCAGAAAAAUGCUUCCUAGCCCCAAACAAGGGUCUGUUUACCCUAUUUUAGGCUCCAUGCCCUAUAACAAUUUCAACUCAAAUGUACCUUAUGACCUAUCGUCGGCAGCGAGAGGCAAUAGCUCUACGGCAGCCACAGCUCUGACUACAGCCCUAACGGCCCUAUAUCAAACGCAAAAGGAUCUGAAAAAAGAACGAAGGCGUGGCCUCAGCGAACAACCCCUGGAUUUGAGAUUAGCCCACAAGAAACAUGAUGCAGGAAGUGGCGGUGCAGCAUCAGCUGGAGUUGCCGGUGGCAGUGAUCACGAUGGUGACUCCACUGAAAUGAUGGAAGAUGAAAACAGCAACUUGGUUAUGAUUACCACAACCCAAUUGGAUAAAUCAUGUCACAAUUCCGAGUGCAACAACAACACCAAUGCUAGUUCCCGACUGCUGGCCGAUGGCGAGAAGGUGGUAGCCGAUAUGCAUCUGCUGAAUGAGCUGAAUAACAACAACAAUAAUAACAACAACUUUUUGCUGCAAAAUCACUCUGCUCUGCAAGAGCAAUUCGAACAAUUGAACAGUAAAAAGAUGCUCAGGGUAUUGAGGGAUCAGGCCAAAACCUUGCCCACCAACAUGGAUCAGCUGCCGUUUCCAGUGAACGCCCUACACCCCACGCUGCUCGAGACCUUAGCCAAAGCAAUGCCCCCGCUGCCGUAUCGUAAUCUCUUCUUUCUGCCACGACCCAAUCAAGCCAACAAUCCUGCGAAUUUCCCCUUCUUCUCGGGGCCCCCUCUCAAUAAAGAGUCGAAAAAGAAUACCACCACAGUUACAGCAACAACCACAACGCCUCCCAUAGCCAGCUCGGACACCUCCUCAAUGGUGGAGAUGAAAUUCGAUGCAGCGACACCCAAUCGACCCAACUCACUCACCGAAAGUCUGGCCACCUCGCUACUACUCAAUCAAAAUGGCCCCAGCCCUGGCCAAGCUACCGCCAGUGCACAACACUAUCGCCAAAAGCGACCAACUGUCAAUCGUUCAUCUGCCCCUCCUUCAGGCAAUCAUCUGUACAAAUCCAAGGACCGCUACACUUGUAAAUUUUGUGGGAAGGUAUUUCCGCGCUCGGCCAAUCUGACGCGGCAUCUGAGAACGCACACCGGCGAACAACCCUACAAAUGCAAAUACUGCGAACGUUCCUUCAGCAUAUCCUCCAACCUGCAGCGGCAUGUGCGUAACAUUCACAACAAGGAGCGUCCUUUCAAGUGCGAAAUCUGUGAACGAUGCUUUGGCCAGCAAACCAAUCUGGAUAGGCAUUUGAAAAAGCAUGAGGCAGAUGCUGUUUCCAUGGGUCUGGGCCUUAACGAACGCAUACGGGGAGGUCUAAGACGCUUUUGUGAAAAUCCUGCCGAGGAAUGUUAUUUUGAGGAGAUACGCUCAUUUAUGGGUAAAGUCACUCAAUUGCCUUUGAAUUCGUCAGCGACGACGGCAACAGCAGCAGCCAGUGCCAGCAAACUGCCGCUUAUGGACACAAGUACAACACCCCAUUCCGAACCCCACUCACCGGGACGCAGUUCAUCGUAUGCCCCCUCAGAUCCUGACUCAACGGCCAGUGGCCUUAGGAUUAUCAUCAAAGAUGAGCAUAGUAAUCAUAGCCACGAGUCGAAUGAGGCUUCAACGCAGCAGCAGCAGCAGGACUCCCAAGCGCCACCCCAACCCCUCUCGGGGCAAAGUGAGCAGGCGUCAUUGUCAUCUUCUUCACCAUCUCCUAAAUCGCCGCAUCGAAAUGAGGAUAACGAGGCUACCCACAACAAUAAGAGAAAACUAAGUCCCUAUGGUAGUUCACCCAGUAGAGAGUGUUCUACAGCUACUUAACAUUAAUUGAAAACAAUUACGAAAUAAGAGACGUCAAAGAGAGUGAGACAACAAGAUAGCAAGGUGGGAGUAUUGUAGCUACAGAAUAUUUAAGCCAAAAAUUAAGAUUUUCUAGACCUUCCCACAAACAUUUAAUUAAGGAAACUUAAACACCUG